AUGAUCAACUAUCUGACACCAUGCCAGCCUCAAGCACAGUUUGCUGUGAACAACUCUUCCAACACUCAAACGUGGCUACUAGAUAAUGGUGCUUCUCACCAUGUCACUGCUAACUUGAACAAUCUAUCCCUUCAUACACCCUACACCAGUUCUGACGACAUCAUGAUCGGCGAUGGCACGGGUCUCCCCAUCACUCACACUAGUUCCACUUCUCUUAAAACUCCUAGCACUACCUUUACAUUAAACAAUGUUCUUUGUGAACUUCGCACUGAGGCAAUACUUUUGAAAGGCCAAACGAAAGAUGGGGUGUAUGAAUGUGAAAAGCAAAUAUCAAGCUUAAUCAUGAAGCGUCCAAAUACAUUUUUAUUAAAUGCACAGAAAAACUUUAAGCCAAAGUUGGAAUAUUUCAAAUCUUUGGGCUUCUCAGAAGAAGAAAUUGCACAGAUACUGUCAUCUUGCAGUAUCCUAGAUAGAAGCCUUGAAAACCAAAUCAUACCUGCUAUUCAAGUCAUUAAAAGUAUUGUUGGCACCAAUAAGGAUGUCUUGAAAGCAAUCAAAUCAUGGUUCCUAGUUGUAAAAAGUGAUCGGUUAAGUGAGGUGGUCAGUGAAGUUGAAAAAAUGGGUUUGGAUCCCACAAAUAAGCGAUUCAUGUCAGCCAUCCAUUCAAUGGCACUCAUGAGCAAAUCACUUUGGGAGCAAAAAUUGGGAGUUUAUUCUAGUUUUGGUUUGUCAAAAGAUGACAUUAUUGCAACAUUCAAGUUAGAACCGUUGUAUAUGAAUUCUUCAAAGGAGAAGAUCAGGAAAUCAAUGAGCUUCUUUGUUCAUCAGCUGAAAUUGAAGCCCAAAGUAAUUUCCAAGCAUCCAACUCUAUUGCUAUUUAGCUUGGAGAAGAGGAUUGUUCCAAGGUGUGCAGUUCUGCAACUUUUGAUGUCUAAAAAUCUGAUCAAAGGAGACCUGAGCUUAAUUUCUGCACUCAAAAUGAUUGAAAAGAUGUUUAUGGUAAAGUUUGUGAGCAAGUAUCAGAAUGUGAUUCCUGAAGUUAUUGAGGCACGUCAAGGCAAUAUACAAUUUCAAGGGUUCCCCUUUAAUUUAAGAACAUGA